AUGUCCGCGGAACGAGAGCUCUUCAAAACAACCAAACUGUUGAUGGUCUUUAGCGGACUGUGGCGGUUGGAGCUGUCGAAUUCCAGGCGUUUCGUGAGAUCCGCCUACAAAAUCUACUCCCUCUCGCUUCAAGUAUUUUUCAACUCAGUUAUUAUCUCCUUCGUCUUAGAAUUUUGCAGACUGGUAUCAAACGACAUUAACACAGCGAUAAAGAUACUGUCUCGGUUGAUUUACGUGGCACUUUUAACAAUGAAACUGACCCUAUGCCAGUCGAAGAGUAUGAGGAAACUGCUAUCCAUCGCGCUGCAGGACGAAUCGGAUAUUUAUAGACAACACGAUUCAGAAAUCAGACGAAUUUACACGAAGCACGUCAAGUACUGCAACAAAAUCACCACAGCUAUAACGAUUUGUUCGUUUGUUUUGGACAUUUAUCUUACAGAGAUAGGAAUCGAGAAGAGUUACAAGUUUUCGCACAAUACCGCCAAUUCAUCACUAGAAAGGCCCCUACCGUCACCCCUGUGGUACCCGUUCGAUCGUAACAAAUUCCACGUGUGCGCCUUGACUUAUCAGAUCAUCGAAACCUUCUUGACAGCUAUCUACAGUGGGUCUGUUCAGGGGGUGUCAAAUACCGUGACGAUAUUUUUUAGGGCCCAGCUGCAAAUCCUUCAACACCAAUUGAGGCACUUUGAUAGAUUCGAAUUCGCUCAAAGCGAUGGUGAAAUUGGAAACCAUCUAAGGAUCCUGGUUCAGAAACACCAAGAUCUCAUCAAAUGGUUUGAUCAACUUAAUCAGUUAUUUAAGAAGAUUUUGUUACUAGAAUAUAGCGUAUCUUCUAUGCUUAUGGCAGCCGUGCUGAUUCAAAUAUUUCAGGGAGAGGAUGUAAUGUUCAAUGGUAUCUACUUCUGUUUCAUUUUCGGCCAGUUAACGAUUCUGUCGUGGAAUGCUAACGAAAUCAAAAUUCAGAGCUCCGAACUGUCUCAAUCGUUGUACGAGAGUCGGUGGUUCGAAUGCAGACAAGCGGAAAAGAUGGUAAUUCGAAUUAUGAUGAUGAGAUGUCAAAAACCAUUGACGUUAACGAUAGGUUCGUUUGGGGCGAUGACAGCUGACGUUGCUCUAUCCAGAAUCAAACUUGCCUACUCAUAUGUGUCCUUGGUAUCAGGAGGAUCAGGUGUCUAAAAUAUUGGAUCCAGUCUCUUCAGAAAACUUAUUACGAUUACGAUGUGAGCAUUUGGCAAAAAAUUGCUUCGAGUUCAUGUUUGUACAGGGUGGCCCAUGGAAAUAUAACGCAAAUGAGAAUGAGUAUAGUGAUAAUAAAUUUUGAAAACAGAUCCACACAUUUAGCACACUGGAGCUUUAACAACACUACAUUUAAGAAUCGAUUUAAUUUUAGUUAUAAGCUUGCCGUCCCAAGAAGCACAAACGCGGUAAAAAUUGUCAUAUACCUUGCUAUGUAACAACUUUUAAUAAAACUGUUUUAUUUUAAAAAUAACUGGUAAAAUUUAAUGUGUUUCUUUAGAAAUUAUCAUUUUCCCCGAAAUUAACUAGUGCACUGCUCAGCUAGCUCAAUACCAUAAUGCUCAAUAUUUUGAGAGUGUCUUCACCAUUACAC